AUGGAUGAGGUGAAAGGAACAUCAACUGCACGAAUGGCACUCAGGCAACGAGGAUCGACCGGGCGGUUCGACCAUCGAAAGUGUUCGAUCGCACCGGACUUCUAUGGGAAGGCGGAGCGCGCCGAUCAAGGUCCCAACAAGCUGAAACAGGCUCCUGCUCUCGUGUUCCUCGAGCCCAGAUGGGAACUCGGUCGACCUGGACCGUUCAAAAGAACCUAG